UAGACAAGUCAAAUUAAAAUCUAUACAACUAUUACAUUUAAUAAAACAUAGGAAGUAAUCUAAUUCUUCAGUAAAUAAGUAACCAUAAAAAAUCAAGGGAGAUUUUUUUUAGAAUACUAAAUAUGAUAAUCUAAUUUGGUAUUUAAUUAAAAGCAUUUAUUAGAUCUUACAAUUUAGAUUAUCAUAUAAGUCAAGGUAGAGCAUGCACAUAGUUGCAAACCUAGGAUUAAUGGCAGCGGCGACACUACCAACCAUAGAGAAGAGGGUUUUGACCCUUAAGUCCUCAGAUGGUGAUGAGUUUGAAUUGGAAGAAUCCAUCGUCGUUCAAUCAUUGAUGAUCAAGAAAAUGGUUGAAGAUGGAUGUGCCGUCGGCGUCAUCCCACUCUUCAACGUGGACACAGAAACCCUCACGAAGAUCAUUGAAUACCUCAAGAUGCAUCAGUUGACAUCAAACCAAGAAGAAAUAAAGAAUUACGACAAGGAAAUGGCGGUGGCUGAUAGGAUCAAGCAUAAGUCGAUUGAGGCUGUUCAAGAGAUAUUCAAUAUCACCAGUGAUUUCACCCCAGAGGAAGAAGUUGCAAUCCGAAAUGAGAACCCUCACGCUUUCGAAGGGGAUUUUGACCACUCGCUUGACUAAGUCAUAAUUGAUGUCAUACUAUUUUUUGUUUAGAAAAGUGCUCCUUUUUUAUUUCUCUUUCGAGCAAAGGUCCGGUAACUAAUAGGUUAUGGUAUGAGUUGACGCUUGUAAAAAAAAUAAAAAGGGACAAAUUUUAAGGGUCAUAUGUGUGUUCAGCAUGUUCUAUAUGUUUGUUUCUCCAUAUUAUAUCUCUGACGUUAUUCAAUUUUUAUUUUAA